UAUUAUUAGUCCAAUCCCAGUCAACACAUCACUCUCUUAUCUGCUCUCUCUCUCUCUCUCCCUCCCUCCCCUGAAUGCAGGCUAGGUGACCCCCACCCCAGCCCCAAAAGUCCAUCCCCCACUCACAUCACCAUCCACUACCCAAUCUAACAACGCCACCUGUCCCAGUCAUCCUAUUGAACGCCAAAACAAACAAAAAUAAAAGAUCGGCCAAGUCUUCUCCAACCCUCCCUCUUUCUCCUCCUCCUCCUCAUCAUGGACUCACAAAUCCAGUAAACCACUCUCUCUCUCAAGCUCUCGUCGUCAUAGCCAUGGAGAACUACUCCUACAGCUCCUACCCGGAAUCCGGCGACUCGUCCCCUCGCUCCCGCGAGAUCGAUUUCGAGAACCCUCCGCCAUGGGACGUCGACCAAGCUAAUUCGCAGUCCCAGAACUACAAAGUCAAGUUCAUGUGCAGCUAUGGCGGCAAGAUCCUCCCCCGCCCGCACGACAACCAGCUCUGCUACGUCGGCGGCGAGACAAAGAUCCUCGCCGUCGAUCGCAGCACCAAGUUCGCCGCUCUCGUCUCCAAGCUCUCCUCCCUCUCCGAAACCGACGUGUCGUUCAAGUACCAGCUCCCCGGCGAAGACCUCGAUGCCCUGAUCUCUGUCACCAACGACGACGACUUGGAGCACAUGAUGCACGAGUACGAUCGCGUCUACCGGACUUCCGCUAGGCCCGUCCGCAUGAGAUUGUUCCUCUUUAAUGCCGGCCCCGACGGCGGAUUCGGGUCGGAUGGUGGAAGAUCCGAUAGGGAUCGGUUCGUUGAAGCUCUAAAUUCCAGUCCCGCCCAGGGACCUGACUCGAAUUCCAAGCCUCCUGUCCAAAAUAACGUCGACUUUCUCUUCGGUUUGGAAAAGGGAGGCGUCGCUGCCGUCGUGCCGCCUCCUCCGCCCGCGGUGCCUGUGGUACCGGAACACGUGGCGCCGCCACCAGAAUUCCAGGUCAGGUCGGGUCACGGUGACAGGGUGAUCGGGUCGGAUCCGGUGGAGUUCCAGAGGCAUUUGCAGAGGCUACAAAUUGCAGAGCAAGAUCAUCAGCAAGCCAUGUAUCGGAGACAGGUUGACGAGAAUCUCGUCGGAGGGUACGGCGGCGGUGCCGGAGAUUAUUACGUACAGAAACUUCCAGAGAAGGCGCCUCCGCCUCCGGUGACGGUGGGGCCGGUGUGC